AUGGAUCACGAGAAUGAUAUUCCUUUCAUGGAUGAUAGCGAAGAUGAUGAGCCACCAAUGUUAGUCGAUUUGAACCCGCCUCCAACUCCAGAGCUCGAUCCUCCCCCUGACGAAGCGUCUGAAAACGAGCUACCAGUCUGUUUUCCUUGUCCCGUGACAAUACUCUCUGGCUUCCUCGGGAGUGGAAAGACCACACUGAUUCAAUAUAUCUUGAAGUCUCCAGAUCAUGGGAAGCGGAUAGCAGUCAUCGAAAACGAGUACGGGGAAGGGCUAGCUGUGGAAUCUAUGAUUGCUAGAGAUGGUGUAGGAAACAACAACUUACAAGAUUUGAUCGAACUUCCGAAUGGAUGCAUCUGUUGCACAGUCAAGGAUUCUCUCGUCUCCACUCUGGAAAGCUUACUCGACAAACGACAAGACCUGGACUACAUCCUUAUUGAAGCUUCUGGAAUGGCAAAUCCUGGCCCAAUUGCGAGUGUCUUCUGGCUCGAUGAAGAAUUAGAAUCUAGGCUGCAGUUGGACGGAAUUGUGACGCUCGUGGACGCCAACAAAAUCCUUGAGCAGCUUGAGACGACGGAAGAAGCGGCCCAACAAAUUGCUUACGCUGAUCGCCUCUUAAUCAAUAAAGUGGAUUUGUUGCAAUCUAAGGGUGGAGGGUUGGACAAGGUUCUUGCUGCUCUUAAGCAGCUUCAUCCGACAGCACCAACGCAACAGACGAACUAUUCAAAAGUUCCAAAUCUUGAUUGGAUUCUGAAUACGAAUUGUUUUGGGGGCACCGACAGAUUAGCAGAGCUCAACACCAUUUGGCAGGAUUCAAUUCCGCAGGCAUCUACGCAUCACCAUGAUCACCACAUGGUGGAUGGUGACCAUGGCAACGAAGAAAGUCGUGAGAACCACAGCCAUGCACAAAAUGACAGUGGUCAUGACCAACAAUCCGAGAAUCACGAACACACCCACACACAUAGCCACGACCAUAAUAGCUCCGAUCCAUGUGUAGUCUGCGAGGCGGUGCAACACCGACAUACCGCGGGUGUGUCAACUAUUGCUCUCCAUCAGCAUGGCUCGGUAGAUCUUUCAAGGUUGAAUAAAUGGCUCGCACAUGUACUCUGGCCAAAUCAGGACGCAGAAGACACGGUGUUGACUGCCAUGUUACAUUCAUCUUCUGCACCCAAACCAAAACAAGACAACGAGACCGUCAUUUUUCGAUGUAAGGGUAUCGUAUCUGUAAAAGGAAAUCUGGAUGGUGACGAGGAUGACAAGGUACAUUAUGACACCAGUACAGGUUUGGACAAGCGUAGAUUUAUUGUUCAAGCUGUGCACGAUCUCUGGGAGGUGCACCCUGCAAGUGCUGAAUUAAAAUGGGGGGACCAAGAAGAGAGGGACUGCAAGUUGAUUGUGAUCGGGAAAAACCUGAAUGAACCUGAUCUUCGACGAGGGUUUCGCUCUUGCUUUUAA